AUGGCAGCAACUUGGAGUGAUAGUGAGUCUGAUAAUGAUUCAAAUCCAGAAAAUAAAGAUCAAGUUGUUUCUUUCUAUGGGAGAAUUCAUGCGCAAAAGAAUGAGAACUCUGAUGUUGAAGAACCUGAGAUAGAAGUGGUGAUGAAGCAAUUCAACAGUCUCUAUGAUUCCUCUGAAAAACUGAAGAAGAAAAAUGCAGAGCUUGCUGAUCAAGUGGCUUUUCUACAAGACGAACUGACCAGGAUUGAAGCUGCCUUUCAAUCCCAGCUGAAAACAGAAGAAAAUCUGCAGAAGAUUGACAGGAUGUUAAGUCUGGGAAAAAAGGCUGGUGAUACGAGAGGUUUGGGUUUUGAAAGUGAAAAGUCUAAGCAAGAGGUCAAAGCUGUGAAAUUCAUCAAAGAAUUCUCUUCUACUGAAGCGAAGGUUAGCCCAAAGAAAUUUAUACCAAUCUGUCAUUUUUGUGGAGUUUUUGGUCAUAUACGGCCUAGAUGCAAUGUGCUUAGAAAGGAGAAGAGUGGUUGUUCAAGACAUAUGUCUGGUGAUAAAUGUUGGUUUACAAAUCUGAAUACAGAGUGUGUGGAAGGCUCUGUGACAUUUGGAGAUGGAAGUAAAGGUAAAAUUUUAGGGAAAGGAGAUGUUGAGACACUUGGCUUACCAUUCUUAAAAAAUGUCAUGUUGGUGGAAAAUUUGCAAGCAAAUUUGAUAAGCAUCAGUCAACUUUGUGAUGAUGGUAGCAGCGUGUGGUUUGAUAAAGAUCAAUGUUAUGUUGCUGAUUUUCAAGGAAAGAAGGUUAUGAGUGGCAUGAGAUCCAAAGAUAAUUGCUAUUGUAUUCAGGUGAAUGAGAACAAAAGUCUUGUGUGCAAUCGCGCUACUGAUGACGUGAUGGAACUGUGGCAUAGAAGACUUGGUCAUAUCAACUUUCGUGAUCUCUUGAAGCUGUCCAAGAAUGAGUGUGUCAGAGGUCUGCCAAAGCUGAGUGGUAAGUCUGCAGGAGUGUGUGGUGCGUGCCAAUUAGGUAAGCAAGUCAAGAGUGCUCACAAAAGCAUAUCCUACAUAUCAACAUCCCAACCAUUAGAUUUGCUGCAUAUGGAUUUAGUUGGUCCCAUUCAGACUGAGAGCAUAGGUGGAAAGAAGUAUAUGUUGGUGUUGGUGGAUGACUUUACUCGGUUUACUUGGGUUGAUUUUCUUCGUGAAAAAUCUGAUGCAUUCAAGAACCAUGGAACAGAGUUUGAAAAUGUAAGCUUUGCUGAAUAUUGUGAAGAGAAAGGAAUAAAGCACGAAUUUUCAGCACCUAUUACACCUCAACAUAAUGGGGUGGUUGAGAGGAAGAAUCGCACCUUGCUUGAAAUGGGACGUGUGAUCUUGACAAGUGCUAAGAUAGCGAAGAAAUUUUGGGCAGAAGCUAUUAGCACAGCAUGUUAUACAGCAAAUCGUGUAUAUCUUAGACCGGGCACAACUUCAACUCCUUAUGAGCUUUGGAAAGGGAGAAAACCUAACAUAAAGCACAUGAGGGUUUUUGGGAGCGUCUGCUAUAUUUAUAGAGAUAGAGAAAACCUAGCAAAGUUUGAUACAAGAAGUGAUGCUGGCAUCUUUUUGGGUUAUUCUCUCACUAGCAGGGCUUAUAGGGUGUUUAACAAGAGGACAUGUACGGUAAUGGAAUCAAUUAAUGUUGUUGUCAAUGAUACUGAUAUGUCAUUUGGUUCUUGUGCAGAUGAUGAUGAGGAUAUUAUUCCAGCAGCUCCUAGGCAAGAAGAAAAGGACAAGGUGGCUAACAUUAAUGAUGAAGUGCAUGCAGAAGAAGAUAUGUUUUCACCUCCUCUUAGACCUGGUGCUCGGCAAGUCCAAAAAGACCACACACCAUCUGAUAUUAUUGGAGAUUUAAAUGACCAAAGAAAGACAAGAAGCCAAGUCGUUGCGGAGGUAACUCAUCUGUGCUAUGUUUCCAAAUUGGAACCAAAAAAUUCAAAAGAAGCACUUCUUGAUUGUGAUUGGAUCAUGGCUAUGCAAGAGGAGUUAGACCAGUUCACUAGAAAUGAUGUGUGGUACUUGGUUCCACGUCCCAAGGACUUGAAUGUGAUAGGUACAAAAUGGGUUUUCAAGAACAAAACUGAUGAAAAUGGUGUUAUUACAAGAAAUAAAGCAAGGUUGGUUGCACAGGGAUAUUCCCAGGUUGAAGGGUUGGAUUUUGAUGAAACUUUCGCUCCCGUGGCAAGGCUUGAAUCAGUUAGAUUGCUUUUAGCUAUAGCUUGUCAUAUGAGGUUCAAACUACACCAGAUGGAUGUGAAAAGUGCGUUCCUAAAUGGGGUUUUACAGGAGGAGGUAUAUGUAGAACAACCUGUAGGAUUCAAAGAUCCUUACAAUCCUGAUCAUGUAUAUUGUCUUAGAAAAGCUCUCUAUGGGCUGAAGCAAGCUCCCAGGGCUUGGUAUGAUCGGUUGUCAUCCCAUUUGCUGAAUAAAGGGUAUGUCAGAGGAGCUGUUGACAAAACUCUAUUUGUCAAAAAGACUAACAAGGACUUGAGUGUUGCUCAGGUUUAUGUCGACGACAUUGUUUUUGGGUCUACAUCUGAAUUUCUUGUAAAAGAAUUUACUGAAGUUAUGAGCAGGGAAUUUGAGAUGAGUAUGUGUGGGGAGCUGAGCUAUUUCCUAGGCCUGCAAGUCAAGCAACAAGAUCAUGGUAUCUUCAUUUCUCAAACCAAAACAAACACUUUACAGAAGCAUGAUUGGAAGCCUCUUAUAUUUAACAGCCAGUCGACCCGACAUCUCAUUCAGUGUUGGUGUGUGUGCUCGCUUUCAGGCAAAUCCAAAGGAGUCUCACUUGAAUGCAGUCAAGAGAAUCAUCAAAUAUGUUACACCGAUGCCGAUUGGGCUGGAAACGUUGAUGAUAGGAAGAGCACAUCUGGAGGGUGCUUUUAUGUAGCCGAAGCGGAAUACAUUGCUGCUGGAAGUUGUUGCACACAACUACUAUGGAUGAAGCAAAUGAUGAGUGAUUACGGCAUUCAUCAAGAAAAACAAUUGGCUGAUUUGUUUACAAAACCAUUAGACACUGUUCGUUUUGAAGCUCUCAGGAAGUCUCUUGGUAUUUGUUCCAUUGAAUGA